AUGGGAGGGUACGAAGAUACCAAGCUUCGCGAUCCUUUCAUCUUUGUCAAAGCUGAUGACUUCUUUCAAGGCCUUGAUUCGGGUGCUGGUAAGAUCAAUCAGCCAGCCAGGGUCACCUACAAGAAUGAUGAUCAACUGAUGAGCAGCGGCGACAAGAAUCCAGCCUGCAGUCACGGGGCUGUCUUUCGGUUCAAUGAUGACUCUCUUCUUCUCAUUCAAUUCGUUCGCCCCAAGGUCUGGCAGAUCCGAUUUGAUGCUAACAAUAAGAAUGGUGCUGAUUUCACCGACUUCAACACUCGAACAAUCGUCAAGGAUACCCUCAGUUCACUCAUUGCCACUCUUGACGAGCUCGAGAAUGUCGAUUGGGCUGUGGAAGUCGUUGAAGACCCGCGAUACAUCAUCCUCCAGUCUGUGCUAAAUCCUAAAGCUUCCAAUCGCCAGGUCCAGCUUCAAAUCUGGGUGCAGAGAGAUCCAUUCCAGAUCACAGCCGUGCAGGUCUUGGAAAGUAGCCCUCCUGUUGAGAAGCUGCCUGAGUUGCAGACAGCUGAUUCUGGGACGGUGAAGCAGCUCGAAUUACCCGUUUCUAGGGGAGCGCAGGCUGCAAUCAUCUGGAGGACUAAGCCUAGAGGUCUACAGUAUAGCGGCACGGCAACUGUUCUGUCAAUUGAGAAGUCUGUCACGGCGGAUUUUAUGGGGUUCGGCGAACAGGGUGGCAAGAAUUUGUUUAAGAAGAGAACCUACAUGAACUACUUUAACUUCGACAACAUGAGAUAUCAAAAUGUCUAUGGAAAAGGUCCACUCGAUGACAGAGAGCCGCUCUACCACUCGGAACCAUUCUGGAUUGAGGUCGACUCCCACCCGGGAUAUCGGUCCCAGAUCUCAACUUUCAUUGACAACUAUUCUCAUAUCUGCGUUGAUGUCGGAGUCAAGGACCAAGGUGCUAUUCGCGUUGCUACCCGAUUCAACAGCUUCCGCGCUAUCAUGGUUGCUGGCGACAGUAUGCAAGACCUCAUCUCAUCCUACACUUCCAUCGUUGGUAAGCCUAGGCUCAAGCCUCGAUAUGUCCUUGGCUACCACCAGGCCUGCUAUGGCUACGAUAACCAAGAGUCGGUACUCGAAGCAAUCCAGGAAUAUCGCAAUUGCGGUAUCCCUAUUGACGGCAUGCACAUCGAUGUUGACAUGCAAGAUGACUAUCGGACUUUCACGAUUGACAAACGAGACAAGCAUUUCCCUGACCCUGUUCAAAUGUUCAACACACUGAGAGGCCAGGGCGUCAAGUGCAGCACCAAUAUCACUCCUUACAUCAGCUCCAUGCCAAGCGACUCUUACCCGACUCUCAAUGAGGGUUUAAAGGAUGGGCGGUUUAUCAUCGAUGACCGUGACAUCGACCCAUCGGCAACUCAAGCCUACGAGCAGCGCUACCAAGGAUGGUCAGUCGGAAACCAGACCUUCAAAGUGCCCAUUUUGGAGAAGCCGCCUUAUUUCGAACCCGAUACGUCUGAAUUUUCUCAAACCUUCAACAACAAGCAGCCUUUCCAUGGCGGCGUCUUUUACGGCUGGGGAAACGGUCACCCGGGUCACUAUCCGAACUUGAACAACAAGGAGGUACGAGAGUGGUGGGGUAAACAGUAUCAGUAUCUUUUCGAGUGCGGUCUCGAUUUUGUCUGGCAGGAUAUGACUGGUCCUUGUAUUGCCGAGGAGUAUGGAGACAUGAAAGGCCUACCCUUCCGUCUUAACCUUGAUUCUGAUGGCUGGUCCCAAGACUCCAGCCGGCUCACUCGGAAGAAGGCUAUUGAGAUCUGGUCUCUGUACAGCUACAACUUGCACAAAGCUACCUACCACGGGCUGAAUAACAUUCACGAGCUCAGUCCCAAGUUAUCCUGGAGAGAGAAUAGACGAAACUUUAUCAUCGGCCGCGGCAGUUUCGUUGGAAGCCACCGUUUCGCUGGUCUUUGGACUGGAGACAAUGCUUCUACCUGGGAAUUCCUCGACAUUUCAGUCGCCCAGGUUCUUGCCCUGGGCAUGUCAGGUAUCACCAUCUCCGGCCAGGAUGUUGGCGGAUUUGAGUUUAUCGAUUCUGAGCAUGACUAUGCUAACCCUGAACUGCUUAUCCGUUGGUACUGUGCAUACUCUCUACUCCCUUGGUUCAGGAACCACUACACCAAGAAACGCUUCUGGGUCGAUGGCCCAAGAAACGGCCAAAUGAGAAAGGAUGGCAAGCAAUUCCAGGAACCCUAUGCUUACCAGAAGCACUAUGAGCAAAACAGUGGUCAGUAUCAAGGUCAUGAAGCUAUGCUCUACCGAGCUGUACUCCCUGUCUGCAGACACCAGAUCCGACUUCGGUAUAGUUUGAUGCAGCUCAUGUACGAUGCCAUGUUCGAGAACAUGGUCACUGGACUGCCCAUCGCCAGAGCUAUGGUUAUCACGGAUGAUGUUGACCGAAGUCUUUUCUCCGCCGAUAACCAGUGGUUCACCCGGAGCCAGUACAUGGUCAGAAAUGACUUGCUCGUCGCCCCGGCUUUGAUCCCCGAGGCCAAGCGACAAACUCGAAAAGUGUACUUGCCGUAUCCUGACAAGUGGUAUGCCAUGAACCUACGACCUGACGAGCCCCUUGGUGCCGCUUUGGCUUCGCCUGCUGAAGGUGGCAGUCGGGUUGAGUACAGCUGUCUGAUCAGCGACCAAGAAUCUCAGCUUCCAUACAUCACUCCUAUGUACAUCCGUGAGGGCGCUAUUGUUCCCAAGAUUGAGGUACGGGACUACAUCCCUGAUCCCUCGCUUCCAAAGCAAGCUGCCAAUCCUAUCACCUUGCAUGUAUACCCAGGAAAAGACAAUACGUAUGUCAUGUACCUGGACGAUGGUAUCUCUCGAGACAGUGCCCCCAUCACUGGCCCCGGUUUAAAGAUCGGCGAUGAGAAGGCAAACAACAAAUAUUGCCAGGUUGAGAUUCAACAGACUACCAAGACCUUCACCGAGGACUCGGGCGUCAGAGUCAUCCGCAACCUCACUAUCAAGUCUUCAUUCAACGGAUAUGGUGAUGUCAGUGACAUUGUGGGCAGCGACUACACAGUGGCGCUCUGGCAUGAUCCAUCUGCCAAUAUCAGCACCGCAGAGGUCAACUCCGCCAACUCCAAGGUUUCUUGGAGAACAGACAACACCUCACGUGUAACUGUAGUCACCGUACCUGUCGCCGAUGCUCACACCGAGCACGGGGUUACCAUCCAACUGAAGCACGCCAAUGCAGUCUAA